CUGCACUGCACAAUCAAAUGAGAUCAUUGGGUCUUAUCUUAUCGAUAACGAUUUUUCACGUGAUAGCGAUGACUGUACUUUUUCUGGUCUCUACCAAUCCCGAUUAGUCAUUUUUUGCCAUUUGACUCUUCAGACUUCCCCCCUGCCCCUCGACAGUUAUAUCAUGAGCACCCCUCUGCCGCGAAGUCUCCUGGUGAGAUCUUCGCUUUCAUCCUGGGCACGCAAGAGGCCAAUUUGUUCUAGGUUUUGCGCAGAUGGCUACUUCCACUCCAGAAGCAGGAGCACCCCUCAAUGGGGCGGCUACCGCUCCGCCCGAGGGCUACAGAAGAAUAUCCAGCCAGCCUGAGAAUCCAUUUGCGACAUUGAUUCCUCACCAGAAUAUUGUGGUGAUACCGUCGUUUACGCUAGAGUCGGGAGUGACUCUGCGUAAUGUGCCCGUGGCAUACACUACGCGGGGCAAAUUGUCGCCGAACCGCGACAAUGCCAUGAUCAUUUGCCAUGCGCUGACCGGCAGCGCAGACGUGGCAGACUGGUGGGGUCCCUUGAUGGGCAAAGGUCGAGCAUUUGACGCCUCACGAUUCUUCAUUGUCUGUCUGAACAGUCUGGGAAGCCCGUACGGCACUGCCAGUCCAGUGACCAACAAGGACGGAGAUCCUUCUUUGGGACGAUACGGACCAGAAUUUCCUCUGACGACAAUCAGAGACGAUGUCAAUCUGCACAAAUUGAUCCUCGAUAGCUUAGGCGUGAAGCAAUUGGCUGCCGUGGUAGGUGGAUCCAUGGGCGGCAUGUUGGUCUUGGAAUGGGCAUACUUUGGCAAAGACUAUGUCCGGUGCAUUGUGCCCAUUGCCACGUCUAGCCAACACAGCGCAUGGGGUAUCAGCUGGGGCGAGGCUCAGCGACAGAGCAUCUACUGCGACCCGAAAUAUGACGACGGGUACUAUCCCUUUGAAGACCCCCCCACGGCAGGACUGGGUGCCGCCCGCAUGUCUGCGCUCCUGACCUACCGAAGCCGCAAUUCGUUUGAGUCGCGUUUCGGCCGCAACACACCUGAUCCGUCGCGGCGGCAGAACAUUAAUGAGCAACCACGACCGCCGACGCCGUCGAACGAGCACUGGGCCGUACACAAUGAAGGACACAAGAACCGACGAUCUCCGCGCCAGUCGAGCGUGUCCCUGAGCAGUGACGAGCACCGUGCCGCCUUGGCUUCUACCACGUCUACUCCGGCAUCCACCUCCUCCGCUUCCGCUUCCGCCUCGGCAGCAUCUAUCCACACUGCCUCUUCCACUCCUACUCCCGUCCCUACUCCCGGCGCUGCCGCCACAACCAUCAACGGCACGAGCGAUACCUCCUCCUCUCAUCCGCUCACCAACUUUACAGACCCGCAAUUCAGCGGCGCCACGACAUUCACGCCUCCCCCGCCGCUUUCGACAUCCAACUCCUCCUCGUCGCUCUCGACCAACCCCCGCAAGCGCGCAGCCACGUACUUCUCCGCGCAAUCCUACCUGCGCUACCAGGGCGACAAGUUCGUCAAGCGCUUCGACAGCAACUGCUACAUUGCCAUUACGCGCAAACUCGACACCCACGACGUCAGCCGGUACCGCGUCGACCCGUCGUCGCCCAACCCCGUCGGCGACGCGCUCGCGCUCAUCCAGCAGCCCGCACUCGUCAUCGGCAUCGAGUCUGACGGCCUCUUCACCUUUGCCGAGCAGCAAGAACUCGCCGCGAGCAUCCCCAAGGCGCGUCUGCGCACCAUCGACAGCCCCGAAGGCCACGACGCCUUCUUGCUCCAGUUUGAGCAAGUCAAUCACCACAUUCUCGACUUCUUUGGCGACGUCUUGCCGGACAUUAUGACCUCUGCUCCCAUUGACCCGGACUAUCGCGAUGAAGACGACGUCGACGAUGUUGAUGCCGAGGCCGCGACGGGUGAGCAAUCUGGUGUAGGCAAGCUGAAGAAGAGCAGCACCUUUGGCGAGGCCGAGGUCGAUGACAUUACGUCUUGGUGAUUAUUAUCCGUUUGGUAGAUUAUCAUCGUCUUGCUAUUUUGUCAUAUCUCGGCAGUUGUCAUCGUCAGGGUAGUUUAGUCGAUGACGUUACAUCUUGGUAGUGUCAUAGUGUCUUAGUUGUCUAGUCGGCAUGAUAUUUCUUUUUUCCCCCCUCUGUUUUCUCUUUCUGUGAUAUUUUUUUUUUUUUUU